CUUGUCAAGGUUUGUGAUUGGCUGUUAUAAUUCAAUGAAAGUCCCGGGGAUGUCAGGGGUCGAUUGCGAACGGGUAUGACUUUCUUAAUGCGGCUUGCGUCAAUGCGACAAACAAGAUAGAUAUUUAAAUGAGCACACGGCCCCAUGUUGUUAAUCAAAUGGAGAUCUCCAGUCGUUCGUUGAUUAAAUCCUCAUUCCAAAAAUGCGUGCCCAACUCCUGACAUCCGUAUUGCUCGCCCUGGGCGCCCACGGCAUACGCAUCCUCCAGUCAAACGACGACGGUUGGGCAGAGCAAUAUAUUCGGGUCCUGCAUGACAAGCUGAACAACGCUGGCCACGAUGUCAUUUUGUCAGCACCAGCUGAAAAUAAGUCUGGUACAGGGUCUCUUGACGUGGGGCCAUCACCGCGCACCUCAGCUUGUGAAUACGAUAGCUGCCCUGCGGGCAGCGCCGCCACGGGUAACAAUGCGACGAACCUACGAUUAAGCUGGGUAAAUUCAUUCCCAGUUACUUCCGCUCGCUUUGGAGUCGAAACGUUUGGUCCUCAGCUGUGGGACGGACAAGCCCCAGAGCUCGUGGUCUCUGGGCCGAAUGUGGGAAGCAACCUGUACCUCGAAGUACAGUUCUCCGGAACCGUUGGUAUAGCCGUCUACGCGACUCACGAUGUCGGCAUCCCGGCCAUCGCCUUCUCCGGCGCUUCGGACGGCAGACUUGCGUUUGACGCGCCUGUGGAAACGCGAAGCAUUGUAUAUGCGCAACUGGCAACGCAGUUCACGAAUGCGGUCAUCGACUCUGGUGUGCCGUACCUUCCCGAGGACGUGUUCCUGAACGUGAACUUCCCCAAGGUCACGGAAGAGUGCACCGACCCGACCAAGUUUAAGUGGGUUUUGAGCCGUAUCAACCCCGGCACAUUCUCGGAGCCCGAUGUCAAGACCUGCGGUAUCACCAGAUUACCAACGGAGUCGAGCGUGGUCGGUGCUGAUGGCUGUCUAAUUUCCGUCAGUGUGGGAGACUCGAAGGAUAAGACGACCGCACCAGCUGAGAAGCAGGCCGUUAUAUUAGAGAAGUUGCGUGGGCUACUGAGUUGUAUGGAGUAAUAGCACCCUUGGCUGCGCCUGGGACAAUAUUCGCGUAUAUAUUUGCAAUUUUACAAGCUGUAUUUCUGGAAAUCGACGAUGGACUGUAUAUUAUGGUGUGUACCUGAGUUGUGUCUUUGUUUCUAGAUCUUGCGUGCAGCAUAUGCCUUUCUAUGUUUCUAUGGGGGAAAAUUCGAGUUUAGAACCUCCCUUUUUUUGUCGAAUCCGUUUUGUCUUCUGGGAUUUUAAAGGUUUGGUAGAUCGCGAGUGUCGAGCUUUUCAGGGGUAGAGAAGACGUGUAUAGAAGUCCUUAGAGUGGAAGGGAUCUUCGAAGGAAUAGGAUUGGCAUCGUGAGCAGUAACUUCGGCGAAGGCUUUGCCCAUGCGCAUGAUCAUGUACCCUCUCUAUGAGGACUCAUUAGCAUAGAUACCCCCGAACGUUAUAACAUCCCGUAGUGUACCUUAGCAUGCUAAUAGACGAGGUAAUUUAGAAUAGAAAAGCUUAC